AUGCUGGAUACGUGGACUGCUGGACAUAAGAAAAACUCAACACACAGCGCUCCACCCAGUGUCAUUGAGGGCGAACCAUCAAGUUCAGGCGAAGGUGUCGGCAUUGCAGCCAAGUGUAAUUCGUCGGAUGAUUUGUCGAAGGUUGGGCUGGAUGACGACGAUGACGAAAACUUUGAUGAAAACGAUAUGGACUUAUUAGAUACUACGUUGCGAUUAGAUCUGGACGAUAGCUUCGGAAAUGAUGAAAGUGAGGGCUCGAGACCAGCAGAGCCUUUACCGAAUGCGCACGAAGAUUUCACUCCGGUAUCGUACUGGGCAGAUUCGUAUGAAGGAUUCGCAGACAACGAUGAAUUGGUCGAAUUUGGCUCCGCAAAAUCUGUUCCAACUGCGCCAUCGUUCUUAGAACGACGAUAUGACGUCCUCUAUGUGUCACCAGAACGAACGGGAACACCAAUUACAAGUCCCCGUCGAUCACGAAAUAGUGUGAGCUCAGAAGGUGAUGAGCUCUUCUCUCUCUCACCAAAAACUCGUAACAGUUCGCGAAGUACUAGUGGACAAGGAGAUGAGACGGAAUUGUUUGCUGACUGCAGAGGAGAGGACGAUAAUGAUGAGUCUUUUGAGGAAGACGAAACACAGAAGAUAGUUCCUCAAGAGUUGGUAGACAAUUUCAUGGGAAUGGUCUUGCCAGGUGGAAUGAUGGAUUCCGAUAUCAACCGGCACUGUGCACAUAACUUCCCUGCGGUAGCAUACACGCUUGGGAGAGCGAAUUGGCCACAGUUGAGGGACACGUACAAUAAACUUGCAACUGACGAUCAGCUCAAAGUACGUGUUUCGAUAGCAAAUUCCAUCCACGAAAUGGCGGCCAUAGUCGGUGCCCGACAUACCGACGAUGAUCUACUUCCAGUGUUCCACGCAUACAGGUUCGAGGAUGCGUUCGAAGUACGCGUUGGUCUGCUGAAGCAUCUCUUUGAAUUCUAUCGAUGUUUGUCGCCUGAAACUCGGAAAGGUAUGAUCGAUGCGCUUCCACAGUUCAUGCCGAUGGAUAACUCGAUGCUCAACGGUAACUGGAGAUAUCGGCACGAGUUUGCC